UGGCUCAAAGUCGGGGGCAGAGGCGUGGCCGGCGAGGAGUAAAAACUCGCCUUCAGCAAGAAAAGUUUUGAAACUUUCCCAAACCCUAUAAGGGGAGUUAGCAUUUGCGGGGCUCGCCGGUGGCUCUGCGCGCACACACACACACAGACAGACAGACAGACACACACACACACACACACCGGACUCUCACAGGCUCCUCCACAGCCCUAGAGUUUAUUUUGGUUCCGAGUUCGCAAGAAGUGGUGGUGGUUUCCCUCCCAGAAGAAUUUGUUGUUGUUGCAAGAAUUAUCUUUUUUCCCCCCUCAAGACUUUUCUUUGCCUGCGAGAAUUAUUCCCUGCUUCUGCCUCCCUUUUAGCAGCAGCUUUUACCACCUCUGAAAAAAAAAAACAACAACCCAGAGAGAUCACUAGAUAUCCGCACUGCACGCUCCGCCUGGCGACUCCGAAGGAUGCUGCUGAUUUACUGCUGCUAAGGACCCUGUUGGAUUUGGGCAGCUUGUGUUUGAGACUCUCCCUCUCUCUCACCCCUUCCUCCCUCGCCCUCCUCCUCUGCAGAGGAAUCCCGUUGGGGUGAGCCCCUCUCCCCCAAAACCCCUACCCUCUUCGUCCCCCCUCCCCCGGACCCCGGUGAUUUCGUCGCGUCGCCUUGCGAUUUGGGGGAGCCCCAUCCAUGAUGCAGGCUCGCUACUCCGUCUCCGACCCCAACGCCUUGGGAGUGGUGCCUUACUUGAGCGAGCAGAACUACUACCGGACCGCGGGGACUUACAGCAACAUGGCCAGCCCCAUGAGCGUCUAUUCGGGCCACCCUGACCAGUACGCCGCCGGCAUGGGCCGCUCCUAUGGGCCUUACCAUCACCACCAGCCGGCGGCCCCCAAGGACCUGGUGAAGCCUCCCUACAGCUACAUUGCUCUCAUCACCAUGGCCAUCCAGAACGCCCCGGACAAGAAGAUCACCCUGAAUGGGAUUUACCAGUUCAUCAUGGACCGGUUCCCCUUCUACAGGGAGAACAAGCAGGGCUGGCAGAAUUCCAUCCGCCACAACCUCUCCCUCAACGAGUGCUUCGUCAAGGUGCCCCGGGACGACAAGAAGCCCGGCAAGGGCAGCUACUGGACCCUGGACCCGGACUCCUACAACAUGUUCGAGAACGGCAGCUUCCUGCGCCGCCGCCGGCGCUUCAAGAAGAAAGACGUGCCCAAGGAGAAGGAGGAGAGGCAGGCCAAGGAGCAGCCCAAGGCGCCGGGCAUCUCCAGCCCGGACAUCUCCAAGGAGGCCUCGGAGAAGAAGGUGGUCAUCAAGAGCGAGGCCUCCUCGCCAGACCUGCCGGUCAUCACCAAGGUGGAGACGCUGAGCCCGGGCAGCGGCAGCCCCAGGAGCGUGGCCUCCACCCCGUCGGUGUCCACCGAGAGCUCCCUGCCGGAGCACCACCCGGCCGGCAACGGGCUGUCGGGCUUCAGCGUGGAGAACAUCAUGACCCUGCGGACUUCUCCCCCGGGGGAGCUGAGCCCCGGGAGCGCCGCCUCCGGCCGGACAGGGGCAGGGCUGGUGGCUUCGCUGCCGCUGGGCUACCCCCAGGCGCAACCCUCCAUCUACAGCCAGGCGUGCAGCCAGAGCGUGGACACGAGCGGGAGCUACCAGUGCAGCAUGCGGGCCAUGAGCCUCUACACCGGGGACAGGUCGGGCCACAUGUGCGUCCCCACCGCGCUGGAAGAAGCCAUCUCGGAGCACCCCAACGGCACCGCUUCGCCCCUGGCCACCAUGAGCCUGGCCUCCAGCCAGGAGAGCGCGCUGACCCCCAGCCACCCGCAUCCCAGCGGCGGGCCCGGGCAGCCGGCAGCCUCCUGGUACCUCAACCACAGCACCGAGCUCAACCACCUCUCCGGGCACACGUUUGGCUCCCAGCAGCAGCCUUUCCCGACCGUCCGGGACAUGUUCAACUCUCACCGGCUGGGGAUUGAGAGCUCGACCCUCAACGAGCAUCAGGUGAGCGGCAACACAAGCUGUCAGAUCCCCUAUAGAUCCACGCCCUCCAUAUACCGCCACGCCACCCCCUAUUCCUAUGACUGCACUAAGUAUUGAUUAGCAUUGACUCUCCUGGGUAGGCCAAUUAAGCAAACACUUAAGACUGCACAAGGAAAUACUUUUACAACCUCUAAGCGGACCUGGGAACCAAAGAGUUUAUAGACCCUUAAUCCUCUUCCAUCGUCUGUAAAUUCCAAACAAGUAAAUUCUACUUGAAAAGGGAUAUCUUUAAAAUAUAUAGAGAGCUAUCUAAACAAAGUGGCAAAGUUAUAUGCUAAAGUAUAGGAGGUCUCCGAAAAUAAGUUAUGGACCAAUAUCACAGCGACCAUUAUGCGAUUAAAAAGAAAAUUAUAUAUAUUAUAUAUAUAAAUAUAUGUCCUGGGUAUUUUAAGUUCUCUUAUUGUGCUGUAAAAUGUGUGGAUUUCUAAUCAGGCUAAUUUUCAGAGCCAUUAAUAUAAUAUUUAAAGUUGAGUUCACUGGAUUAUUUUUUUUUAUGUUGCCCAACAAUUCCUGGCAGCCCAAUUAAUUACAAGUGAUUUCUUCUUCCUUUUUUUUUUUGUACAAUUAUGCAAGAGAAUUUCUUCCUCUUUAGAGCUGUUCUUUUUACAAGACGAGGAAAUAAUUUAUUUUUGUUGGUGGAUUUUUGGGAAAAAAAGACAAAGUCUCUGAUUCGUUUUUUUAUUUACGACAGUGUGAUGUUUUGUAUAAUAGUCUCCACCCUGACCAUUCCUGAGAACUAUUUGUUUUUAUUCUACUUCACGCUUGUUUGUCUUAUGUGGUCUUAAUCGUUGUACUUACCUUAAAAUAAAUCCAUGUUGUUUUCUUCUGCUCAAAGUCUGGCGCAUGUGUGUGUGUGU